UGUCAGUCUUUGACACGAUGUUAAUGUCAUUGUUGAUUGAAUUGAUCGGAAUGUGAAUAGAACAUUAUAAUGAAACGUGGGUGAAAAAGUGAAACAUGGAUUUAAAACUAAAUCCCGCUAGUCCUGAGUUUAUCUCAGAUCUUAAAAACGUAACGCUGGAUGGCUAUCUACUUAUCAAACAAAUAGUGAAAUCAUCAAAGCUGUUCACAGCUGGUGGAAAAUUCGAUCCACUAAACAAAAAUCCUGCGUUUAAGGCACUUACUUCAGACUUAAGUGGAUAUGUUACCACACAAAUAAAAGAAAUUAUAGCAGCGGAGAUACCUAAAGUAGAUACUGAACAAGGAGGAGAGUCAAGUUAUGAAGAUCAAUUAGCUCUAUCGAGUAAUAAUAUUUUGGAGAGAUUUAACAGUAACUUUGAGUCGUUGUGCAAUAUGGCAGUGUUAAAAUCUGCAAGAAAAGAUCAGAACAUUCCGCCACCCGAAGACCCCUUGAGCGAGCAAGUGGAGAGUGCACCAUUACUUCCAAAUGUGGAUUCGAUACCGAUCGUCCCAAUUCAACCAGGGUUUAUGAGUCCUAAUAUUUGGCUCCCAAUAAUACGUGAAAAACCGAACAGUCUUGUAGAUCUAAAAUUUGUGCCGAUUUAUAAUGGACAUGGGACAGCUAUUGAAUAUGAGCAUCCAUAUAAAUUUGAAUUAGAUAUGUAUGAUGCGACUCCAUGGACUGACCCCGCACGUGAGCCGAUAACAUUUCCCGCUCCGUUGAAGAACACAAAUUUUAGAUUUGUUAACACAUUGGGAAAACUUGAAGCACUUGUGCGUCAUUUACGUGAAGUCGAUGAAUUCGCAGUUGAUGUUGAACAUCAUAGCCACAGGUCCUAUACAGGUUUAACAUGCCUGAUUCAAAUCACUACGUACAUGGGUGAUUACGUCAUCGACGCUAUUAUGCUGUGGCCGUACUUAUACAAGCUAAACUAUUCAUUUACUGAUCCCAAAAAGCUUAAGAUUCUGCAUGGCGCAGGUAUGGAUGUUUUGUGGUUGCAGAGGGACUUCGGUGUAUACAUUGUUGGCUUAUUUGACACCUACCAAGCUGCGAAAGUUCUAGAACAUAAAAGCAGGUCCUUAAAAGCACUGUUGCAGCACUACUGCGAUUUGACUGUCAACAAGAAAUAUCAAUGUGCUGAUUGGCGUGUGAGACCGCUGUCGUACGCUAUGCUGAAAUACGCGAGAACUGAUACUCAUUAUUUACUAUACAUCUGGAAACGGAUGAAGAAUGAGCUGUUGGAAAAGGGCAAAGGGGAGAAGACCCACUUGCUGGAAGUCUUCGCUGCGAGUAAAGAAACCUGCUUGGCGACGUACAAAAAGCGUGUGGUGACUAACAAGAGUCAUGUGAUGUUGUACCAUCGGUGCAACAAAGGUUAUGAUUUUAAACCAUACAACUUCGCUGUACUCAAAAAGCUGUACAAAUGGCGUGAUGAAUACGCCAAAGAACUGGAUGAAAGUCCUGCAUAUUUGUUGCCAAAUAUGAUGAUGCUGGCACUGGCGGAUGAACUCCCCAAUGACAUGAAAAAGAUGCGUGAAAUAUGCGCUUCAGCUAAGAAACCGCUGCUGCGGAAUCUUGCUAAAGUUCUUGACAUCAUAAACGACUGCCUGAACAAUUUAUCACCGCGUAUCCUGCCAUAUGGUUGGAGGACUUUCAGACAAUUUACAAGCCACAUGCUUGAUAUACCGAAUACUAGCGAAAGUUAUGAGACAGAAGAUCUUGUUCCGGAAGAAGCGGGGAUUCCAAUCGAAUUAAAUGCGAGCAAUACCAAAACAUCUAAUCCCACAGGAAGAAGCGAGUAUCGAUUCUGUUCACCUUACCUCAGAUAUCUGAAGUGUAUGAAAGUCGAGCAGGAUUUAAAGAAAGACGAAGAGAUGGCCGAAGUUGCGGCGAGUUCGACCACUGAGACCGAUCUCGAGGAAUUCACUCCUAUCUUUAAGGAUAAAGAGACACGCGAGAAAGAGGCCGAAGAGAGGGCCCAAGAGAAUCCUGAAAUAGAUGAAGAUGCUGGUGAAGGCACUUCAGAUGGGUUUACUCUAGUCACACGUCGUAAACGAAAUGCUCGUGGCAAAAGAGUUGAAUUUACUCCCGAAGUGAGACUCGAAACAAGACCAGCCCCGUCAUCUUCAGGACAGGCCUACUAUCAAUACUCCAACCAAAACUACAACAGCUUCUACACCCUUAGGGACAAGUCAAAUACAAAACCACUGUCUAAAAAACGUAAGUAAAUUCCGUUGAUUCAUAGGCAGUAUUGCUUCGUAUAAUCGAUAUAAAUUUUAUCCGAUCUUUUUCGAUUAUAAAUGUAGCCCAUUUGUCUCACGUAGAACUUCAAUGUAAUCAAUAUGAAUUAUCCAUACAAUUAAAAUUAUAAAUGUAUCCAAUCUCAUGUCUCACGUAGAACUUCAAUUAUAAUAAUAAAUGUAAUCGAUGUGAAUUUUGACGAAUCAAUUCAAUGUAAUAACAAUUAUAAAUGUAGUCGAUUUGAUUCAUGUAGAACUUCAAUAUAAUAAUAAAUGUAAACCAUAUGAACUAUCCAUACAAUUAAAAUUAUAAAUGUAUCCAAACUGAUGUCUCACGUAGAACUUCAAUUAUAAUAAUAUAUGUAAUCGAUGUGAAUUUUGGCGAAUCAUUUCAAUGUAAUAGCAAUUAUGAAUGUAGUCGAUUUGAUUCAUGUAGAACUUCAAUAUAAUAAUAAAUAUAAACCAUAGGAAUUAUCCAUUCAAUUAAAAUUAUAAAUGUAUCCAAUCCCAUGUCUUAUGUAGAACUUCAAUUAUAAUAAUAUA